GACGAGGAGCGCCCCGUGCUUUCCAAUGGCUCCGUGGGCGCGCUGAAGGCGGAGUGCGACGCUGGCAAGAAGUUGGCCUUCCGUGAGCUGGGCGACGGCUCGGGCCUCGUCAGCUUUGAGGGUCUACGCCGCGCGCUGACUAACUUCGGCGAGAAGCUCGACCCUGAGGUUGUCGACGCGAUGAUGAAUGAGCGCGGCUCCAUCAUAG